CUCGCUCGUGCCUGCCUCGCCGUGCUCAGACGUGUGGAUCAGUUGAUAGCUACUUGAGGUUGAAAUACAUAGAGAGGAUGGCUUCCUCAAGUCCUCGUGCUUCCGCCGCCGCCGUCGCCGGCGUGCUGGUGGUGGCCGCGCUGUGCCUCCACGGCGCCGUGGCGCAGCUGUGCGAGGACUACUACGACUGCACGUGCCCUGACGCCUACAACAUCGUGAAGCGGGUCCUCAUCGACGCGCACAAGUCGGACAUUCGCAUCUACGCCAGCCUCACCCGCCUCCAUUUCCACGACUGCUUUGUCCAGGGCUGCGACGGGUCGCUGCUGCUGGACGGCGUGCCGGGGGUGAUCAACUCGGAGAAGGGCGCGCCGCCCAACAACAAUUCGGCGCGGGGGUUCCCGGUGGUGGACGCCGUCAAGACGGCGCUGGAGCAGGCCUGCCCCGGUGUCGUCUCCUGCGCCGACAUCCUCGCCCUCGCCGCAGAGAUCUCCGUCGAGCUGUCCGGAGGGCCUAGGUGGGGUGUGCUGCUGGGGAGACUGGACAGCAAGACUGCCGACUUCAACGGCGCCAGCAACCUGCCGUCACCCUUCGACAACCUCACCGUGCUCGAGGGCAAGUUCAAGGCUGUCGGCCUCAACAACGUCGACCUCGUCGCCCUCUCUGGUGCGCGCGCGCGUAUAUAUAUACCAUCCUGUACAUAUCGAUGCAUAUAUGAUCUCCACGUACGGCUUCUUUUACUAACUGUACGUACGUUGGUACAUCUGAAAUAUGUGUGCACAGGGGCCCAUACGUUUGGCCGUGUACAAUGCCAAUUCGUCACGGGCCGGCUCUACAACUUUAGCGGGACGAACCGGCCUGACCCGACCCUAGACUCGGCUUACCGGGCUUUCCUAUCGCAAAGGUGCCCCAUAAACGGCAACGGUUCUGCUCUGAACGACCUCGAUCCAACGACACCAAACACCUUCGACAAGAACUACUAUACAAAUCUUGAGGCGAACCGGGGGUUCCUCAACUCCGACCAGGAGCUCAAGUCGUCGCCCCAAGCGCAGGGCGUCACGGCACCCAUCGUCGACCGGUUUGCGAGCAGCCAGGAUGCCUUCUUCAGCAACUUUGCACAGUCCAUGAUCAACAUGGGGAACAUUAAGCCGUUGACAGACCCCUCCAAAGGACAAAUCCGGACCAACUGCAGAAAGGUCAAUGCAAGCUAGGUAGGAAUUGAAGGAGAAAUAUAAUUAAUUACGUGGCUGUGUUUAAUACGAAUUAAGCAGCCUGGCUUCUCUAAUGUGCAGCUUGAUCAUUAUUUCUUAUUGCUGUCCAGUUUAGUCGUAAUUGUUCGAUCAAUCCAUCUCAUAUUCCAUGUUGUUCUUCAAUGUGAGACCAUGAAUUGUUGCCGCAAGAAAAUAAACCGUUGCAAUAUCA